GAUGAACAUGUAUCAUCAAUUAGCAGCACUCAUACAAAUAAUUAAGUUUAAUUAAUUGAGAAGGUAUGUCUAGAAGGCCGGGAUUAGUAUAUUCGUCGGAUUCUGAUGACGAUGGAGUAAUCCACGGUGCAAAGCUCUUCGGACGUGAAAGGCCGAUAUAUCAUGUUCUUGGAGGUGGAAAAGUGGCGGAUGUGUUGUUGUGGAGGAAUAUAAGUGUAUCAGCUGGGCUUUUAAUUGCUAUGACGGUAAUCUGGUUUCUUUUCGAAGUUGUUGAGUACAAUUUCGUGACACUCCUCUGUCAUAUCUCGAUUACCGCAUUGUUGGUAAUCUUCAUAUGGCGCAUGGCUGCAGAAAUAUUCAAAUUUCCGCCACCUAUGGUACCUCAAAUGAUAUUACAUGAGAACACAUUCAAACAAGUAGCUUCCACUGUCCAUAAAGGAUUCAACCACUUCUUAUCAAGAGUUCUUGAUAGUGCAUGUGGAAGAGACUUCCCAUUCUUCUUCUUGACAAUCAUUUGUCUCUAUAUUUUGUCUGUGAUCGGAAACUAUUUCAGCUUUCUGAAUCUUCUUUACUUGGGGUUCAUCUGCUUGGAAACGCUACCAUUCCUCUACGAGCGAUUUGAGGAAGACGUUGAUCGUUUAGCGGGAAAAAUCAGCCGAGAGAUAAAGAGAUCGUACAGAAAGUUUGAUUCUCAAUUUCUCAACAAAAUUCCUAGAGGUCCAGUGAAAGACAAGAAAAACAGAUGAAACUAUAAUCCCAUGGACUAUUCAUACCAUGGAACACAUUUAUCACUCACUGUGUGAAGAUUUGUGUAAAUAAAACACAUUAUAUAUGUGCAUAUAUAAAACUGUAUAAUACACAUGUAUAUAUAUCAAUAUUACAGCAUUGGUUCCAUUUGAUUAGUUGAUCA